GCAUAACAACACUGACGUAAAACCAAUCUGUACGACGGCAGCACCAGCAGCUAACAGUAGUACAAUCACUAGUUAGACGUUAACUUACUGUUUGGCUAUCUUUAACGGAAUUUUUCCGGUAAAUGAACUGUUCUGACAUCGCCUGGUGUUGAAGAAGUUUAACAGACAUGAGUGACCAGGGGGACAUUUGUCCCCACCUGAAUUCCAUAGGGGAGGUAACCAAGGAGGAGCUUCUGCAGAAAUCCAAGGGAUCCUGCCAGUCAUGUGGAGUGGGAGGUCCCAACCUCUGGGCCUGUCUGCAGAGCGAGUGUCAAUAUGUUGGCUGUGGAGAAACCUUUUCCGACCACAGCACCCUACAUGCACAGGCAAAUAAACACAACCUGACGGUGAACCUGACCACUUUCAGGAUCUGGUGCUAUGUGUGUGAGAGGGAGGUGUUUCUGGAGCAGAGGCCUGCAGUUGUACCUGCAAUGUCUGCCACACACACUCCCCACCACUGUAAAGCUAAGGAACACCAGGUACGCCAUCGCACAAAGGAUGCAGUUCAUCAACCAGUGAGUCACCACCACCCGUUGAAAGCAGUCCCUAUCGCGGUAGCCGAAGAAGAAUGGUCAGAGUCAGAGGAGGAUGUGCUCAAACCCAGAGGUUUGACAGGGAUGAAGAAUAUUGGUAACUCUUGCUACAUGAACGCAGCGCUUCAAGCCCUGUCCAACUGUCCUCCUCUCACUCAGUUCUUCCUGGACUGCAGUGGACUGGUGCGGACUGACAAAAAGCCCGCACUGUGCAAAAGCUACCAGAAACUCAUCUCUGAGCUCUGGCACAAGAAACGGCCCAGUUACGUAGUCCCCACCAGUCUGUCCCAGGGCAUCAAGCUGGUCAACCCCAUGUUCCGUGGCUACGCCCAGCAGGUAGGGGCAAGCUCCCAGCAGGACACCCAGGAGUUUCUGCGCUGUCUGAUGGACCAGCUCCACGAGGAGCUCAAAGAGCCACAGGCAGAGUGUGGUGGGGGAGGGGAGGGGGAUGAGAGGAGGGAUGGGGGCGACCGCUCCCCCUCUGAGGACGAGUUCCUCUCCUGCGACUCUGGCGCCAGCAGCGACCGGGGGGAGGGAGGGGGACUGGGGGAGCCCGAGCUGCUCAUUCAGGACGAGUGUGGGGUGGGGCCGAGAGUUGGAGGAGGGGGGACAGGCACGGGCGGAGGGGUUGGCACAGGUGGGCCCAUCUCAGAGAAAGAGAGGCUGAAGGAGAAAAGGGUGUUGGGCUCACCCCUCCACAGGGGCUCCCAGGAGAUGGACGAGGACGCUGAUGUGGAUACGACAGUGGCCGAAGAGGGUGGUCUGGAGAGGGGAGCGGAGGAGGAAGAGGGGACCCCCCCUAGCCCUAGGCCACAGAGUCAGACACAGGGGCAGACGCAGAGCAACAGCACUCCAGAGCCAGACAAUGAGGCAUCGAUGCAGAAGCGCCCCCAGUCUCGCCCCUGCAGCCCCGUCCGUACUGUCCAGGAACUGCACCCUAAACUCUCCCCCAGCCCCACUCGCUCCAGCCCCUUCCGCUCUGCAGGGCCCGAAUACUCUUUUAAGAAAGCCCAGCUGUUCCUGGGUGCCAAGAAGCAGAAGCAGUCUCACUACCGCAGCGUCAUCUCAGACAUCUUCGACGGGUCAAUCCUCAGCCUGGUCCAGUGUCUGACUUGUGACAGGGUGUCGACCACAGUGGAGACCUUCCAGGACCUGUCCCUGCCCAUCCCAGGUAAGGAGGACCUGGCCAAGCUACACUCCUCCAUCCACCAGAACCUCCCAGCCAAGACCGGGGUAUCUCUGGACGUCUACGGCUCCCAGGGCUGGAUCACCUACAUCAUGGACUCCAUACGCAGGUUUGUGGUGUCCUGUAUCCCCAGUUGGUUUUGGGGUCCUAUGGUCACACUGGAGGAUUGCCUCGCCGCCUUCUUCGCCGCUGAUGAGCUCAAAGGGGACAACAUGUACAGCUGUGAAAGGUGUAAAAAAUUGAGAAAUGGUGUAAAAUAUUGCAAAGUACUUCGGCUACCUGAGAUCCUGUGCAUCCACCUGAAACGUUUUCGCCACGAGGUGAUGUACUCCUUCAAGAUCAACAGCCACGUGGCCUUCCCAUUGGAGGGCCUCGAACUCCGACCUUUCCUGGCCAAGGACAGCCCUUCUCAGGUCACCACCUAUGACCUGCUGUCCGUUAUCUGUCACCAUGGCACCGCAGGCAGUGGUCACUACAUAGCGUACUGUCAGAACGUGAUCAAUGGUCAGUGGUAUGAGUUUGAUGACCAGUAUGUAACGGAGGUCCAUGAGACUGUGGUGCAGAAUGCUGAGGCCUAUGUCCUCUUCUACAGGAAGAGCAGUGAGGAGUCGGUGAGGGAGAGGCAGAAGGUGGUAGAUUUAGCUAGCAUGAAGGAGCCAAGCCUGCUGCAGUUCUACAUCUCCAGAGAGUGGCUGAACAAGUUCAACACUUUCACUGAGCCAGGGCCCAUCAGCAACCACACCUUCCUCUGCCAGCACGGAGGGAUCCCGCCCAAUAAGUACCACUACAUCGACGACCUGGUGGUGAUCCUGCCCCAGAACGUGUGGGAGUACCUGUACAACAGUUUUGGAGGAGGUCCAGCAGUGAACCACUUGUACGUGUGUGCCAUCUGCCAGGUGGAGUUAGAGGCUUUGGCCAAACGCAGGAAGGUGGAAAUAGACACCUUUAUCAGGUUGAAUAAAGAGUUCCAAGCGGAGGAGGCUCCUACAGUCAUCCUGUGUAUCAGUAUGCAGUGGUUCAGAGAGUGGGAGAGCUUUGUCAAGGGCAAAGACAAUGAGCCCCCUGGUCCUAUUGACAACAGUAAGAUUGGUGUCAUGAAAGGGGGACACGUACAGCUCAAGCAAGGGGCUGACUAUGGUCAGAUCUCAGAGGAGACGUGGCAGUAUCUCCUCGGUAUCUAUAGUGGAGGGCCUGAGAUUGCUGUGAGACAGACGGUGCCGGCCACCAACACAGAUGGCCUGCAUGGAGAGAGGAAGAUCGAGGCAGAGACCAGGGCACUCUGAGAAAUGGUUGUCUGUGUUUGACACCCCUGUACACUAGCCCUCACUGGAGCGGAGGUGGUUGAUUUGCACCUGGGUGAAGAGAAGCCUUAUAGGUUGUCUGUGUUUGACACCCCUGUACACUAGCCCUCACUGGAGCGGAGGUGGUUGAUUUGCACCUGGGUGAAGAGAAGCCUUAUAGGUUGUCUGUGUUUGACACCCCUGUACACUAGCCCUCACUGGAGCGGAGGUGGUUGAUUUGCACCUGGGUGAAGAGAAGCCUUAUAGGUUGUCUGUGUUUGACACCCCUGUACACUAGCCCUCACUGGAGCGGAGGUGGUUGAUUUGCACCUGGGUGAAGAGAAGCCUUAUAGGUUGUCUGUGUUUGAUACCCCUGUACACUAGCCCUCACUGGAGCGGAGGUGGUUGAUUUGCACCUGGGUGAAGAGAAGCCGUAUAGGUUGUCUGUGUUUGACACCCCUGUACACUAGCCCUCACUGGAGGGGAGGUGGUUGAUUUGCACCUGGGUGAAGAGAAGCCUUAUAGGUUGUCUGUGUUUGACACCCCUGUACAGUAGCCCUCACUGGAGCGGAGGUGGUUGAUUUGCACCUGGGUGAAGAGAAGCCUUAUUGUGAGCACUUUGUUAAAUGUAGCAACGCGCCUUAUUCUAUUACCUGUGCAGGAAGACAUAUUGAUCAAUUAUCAUCAUAGUGUAGUAGAAAAGGUGUUAUUUAUUGAACUCUUAAGAUGUUUUAGUAAGAAAAUAUACAUUAUGUGACACCAUGUCUUCGAAGCUAUUGUGGUAGUUGCAAUAGGUUGGUGACAUCAAAAUCUAAAUUGCUGCUGUACUACUGUAGUUGGUGUGUCAUAUCGUUAAUGGUGUCCUGCACUCAGAUGAGAGGCAGAGGGAGGAAGGGAAUGGCGUGCCGAGAGGCGUGACAUCAUCAGUGUUAAUUGCUACUUGACAACUCGGGUGAACUUGUACUAAUCUUUUUUUGCUGCAGGCCCCAAACAACAAACAUUCAAUGACUACACGUUUGUCACUCCGAGACGAUGGAAGAGGAUGGAUGUUAAAAUUUAAAAAAGGCUGUUCAGAGCGUGUUGAAUGUUGCGAUCUUGUUGAAGUGUUCCACUCCCUUUCCGAGGAGAACUGCAAAGUUGUCAGAUUGUCGUGACUCGUGGCGUCUCAUCGCAUAGUCAAUUAAUUAAUUUAUUUAAGUCAUACAGAUCGAGACUUAUCCCAUCAAUAUCCCUUAGUAGUGUAAAUUUACAUACCGUAUGAACAAGCAGAUUAGGUUGUCUCUCUCCCUCUCCAUUCCUUAGGAGAAUAGACUGUUCCCAGGUCUAUUUGUGCUGUCUUACCAACCCUCCGGUUUCUGCAGCCCCAGUUUAGGAUAGGAUAUCAGGCUAGGAGGAGAGGAAAGAGAGGGGGGAGAUCCCGUCCACCUGGAGGGGUAGGUGUGGAAGAGGUGUAAAGAGGUGUGUCGGUCACCCGUCUAAAGUGAGUGUUGCUCAGAUGUCUCGUACUUCUCAGCUCAGCAAAACUCCAUUUCCCAGAAUUCACCACUCCCCCAGUUUACUAGCCUGCACCUGUCUGCACUCGUCCUUCUGCUUGGAAAAUAUGGGAGGCAGGUAGCCUAGCUGUUAAGAGCAUUGGGCCAGUAACCGAGAAGUCUCUGGUCCGAAUCUCCGAGCUGACUAAGUGAAAAGUCUGUCAAUGUGCCCUUGAGCAAGGCACUUCCCCCUAAUUGCUCCUGUGUGUUGCUCUGGAUAAGCGUGUCUGCUAAAUGACUUAAAAUGUCAAAUAUUAUAAUCCCCCUCAUCCCUCCCACCAUAAAGGUACAAUUCCCUUUACUGUGCAUGUAUAUACUGCACGCUAAAACAGAGGUUCAAACUUGUUUUUUGGUAGGUAGGACGAUGUUUUGUACUUUGACAAGAGAUGAUGCAAGUGGUGAUGUCAUUAUGAGCUUCCCCUGAUUUCCCUGAGCCAACCGUUUAAUGGUUAAAUGACAAGCGUGUCAAUGGCUACUGUAGUAAUGUAAUGGAUGCGGUCCAAACAGUGUUUGAACCUAAAAGUAGAGGUUUGAAAAACAUCUGAGUGAUUCUGUGCUGCCGUGCUGGUAAGUGGUAUGUCAGUGUCCAAAGAGUAAUUAUGUCGUUUUUUUAAAAGAUAAUGUAAUUUUUUCCCCUUUUUAAAAUAGAUAUAUAAUAUAUAUAUACUUUUUUUGUACUGUAUUUUUGUCAAUUUGGUACAGAUGUGAAACCUCCAAGAGUGUCUGUUUUUUUUUUAUAGAGAAGUGCAAUGAAACAUUUCUGGCUGUCUGUGCUCAGACACCUCUUAGAGUUAUUAUUGUUGUUGUUAUUAUUAUUAAAGUCUGCUGAUAGGUUGCUAAAGCAUUGUACAUUUGUUAUGACAGUGGACUACAGUGACGAUCCUGGUUGGUGUGUUUAUGUUGGGUUGUUUGCACACACACACACACACACACACACACACACACACACACUCGCUUGGAAGGGUUUUAUUUUCACUUGUUGAUGAUUUAACAUUAAGACAUUGCUGUGGUGGAAUUGAUUGCGUAGAUAAUGACUCGCCUCUGUCUUUAUCCAAAAGAAUAAUAGUAAUUAAUCAACUUGUUUUUCAAUGACUAUAGUGUGUCUGUCAUGGUCACAGCAAUGAUGAUCUAUUGAUGCUGUUUGUCUUCGUGGUACAUCCAGACUCAGAUGAGUGUCUGUAAAACUGAUGUAAUGAUUAUAUGAUUAAAAGGCUUCUUUCAUUUG